AUGAGCCUUUUAGAUCAUGAACAGUGUGCUGAGGAGCCGGAGGAUGUAGACCCUGACGUUGAUGAUGAUGUUGACACACAUGACAUUUCCCCUGAACCACAGCAGCCUGGACAUAUACAUCCAAUCACGAACUAUUUCGCUAUCGCCAGAGCUCUCCGGUGCAGAGACGAUGGUUCAGUUCCUGUUCCAUUGCGCUCAUUUAGCGUUGGAUGCACAGCCUUUAAUCUUGGGUAUGAUCCGUCCAUCAGGAGUAUCACCAUCGAUGAAGUCGCUGUAAAAUUUGGCUUACCUGAUCUGCAACCGGCCAUUGCUGACUUCCUUCAGCAUGAGGCUACUCAUGGACAUCAGCACAUUCAUGCCAUAGGUGGCCCAAGGAGAGCUGGACCUACGGCUGACCUUCCUUUCGACAAAAUUCAAGUCUGGUUCAAGAUUCGCUUGCAAGAGACAGACUUCCACAACACUCAUACCAUCAAACCCGCUCAGACACUCAAUUGUGCUCCACCCAGUGGUCCCUGGACCCUGGGUCGUUAUGACACAGUUAUCGUGGAGACAACUGUGGGCUAUUCAUGGCCCAGUAGUCGUCUCUCAGGUCACACCGUCACUCAGAUCAGGCUUAUCAUGCGGCCUAUUGGUAAGAGUGGCACGCAAUGGUCAUGGCAAGAUCGAUUUCUCACCUAUGUUCAAUGCUUUGACUUAUCAAAUGAUUGCGAUGCAAAUACACAACUGCACCUGCUCAAGCGGGCAAAACGUUCGAAUGGAGAUCGGAUGGGGGACAUUAUACCCCUCUCUCAACUGAGGGCACCCAUUAAUCUGGUCCCUUGUUUUGGAGUCGCUGUGGAUAAGCGCCUCACCGCACAUAAUAGUAUGGAACAUGCCGCGGAGUUUUGGUUGAACGAGUUUUGGGAAAAAAGCACCUUCUUUGCCCUAUCAGCAUAG